UCUGUACAUUUUAACCAAUUUUUUGAUCGUUUUCCGUUUUCUCAUGAUGCAGUCCCAAGUUCCAACUUCCAACUGCUCUCCAGGAAUCUCGACAUGGGGAAUUUCUACGAUAUUGAUAGUUACUAUGUAGUUGUCCUUUUUUAUGCUGCAUGUCGAAUAAUCGCUUAAGCUUUACUUCUGCAACACUGCCCGCUGGUACGCAGUGCUAGGCUGCUGGCUUAACAGUGUGUGUUGCAUCUGGAUUCUGGAGUACUGCAGCGAAUCCUGUAGAGCGAAUCCUUCCUUUCUCUGGAAGCCGUAUAUUUGUUUGUGUGUUGGCCUUAUUGGAAAUGUGUCGCAUCAUUGACAAGCGACGUCUGGAUCUCUAUUUCAGUCCCCAGUAUCAAUUUGCACCACUGUACAAGAAAGGGGAUCUAUUGUGGACAUUUUGCAAACCCCCCAACAUCGACCAGUGGCUGGUGUACGAAGCCAAGGUUCUCUGUGUGCGUUCGCUGCGUCUGCGCUGCGAUGAUCUGGACGAAGGCGCCGCGGGUGUCAAGCGCACCGUGCAGUUCCCCGUGUACGAUGUGCGAUACGCAUGGAAAUCCCAAAAGAGUGGUAAGUUCUACCAGGAGACCGUGGACGAGAAGCAUCUGUAUGAUCGCCAUACCAUGACGGAUGAGGAGGUCUUCUGCAUUGUCGGACUACAUAAUCAGAAUGUCCUAUCGCGAAUGCCCGUGGAGAAACGCGUCGAAGUACCCGGUGAGGGCCUGGUAUUCCUCGGUCGGGAUUACGUCAAGAAGCUGGAAACCCGCCUGAUCGAGAACGGUGUCCUGGCGCAGCACGAGGCCGAAGAGGAGAGCGAUGAGUGGCAUUUCGGGUGGACGACGCCCGGCGCAUCGGAUAACUCAGCGAGCGAGACAACGGACAGCGACGAUGAGUGGCGCGGCGAUCGUCCCCGACGUAGCCGGAAGAGAAAGCGCAGAAUCUCACCCAAGCAGCCGCUGCCCAGUGACAAGCCGAUCAUUUCCUGCAGCAAGACCGCCGCCAGUACUACCGGCAGCGCGCAUCCCGAUCCAUCGGAUGUGGCGGCAUCCAGCAGUUCUGCUAGUUGACCGGAAGUAACUACACACUGCAGUCCCGACAAGUUGACCAGGGAAAGCUAGUGCCGCUGCUUCCAUGCGCACCACAGAUUUACUUGUUGAGUUUCUUGUUUUAUUUAUCGUUCCUUUCAUUUAUUUUCUGCUGUUCCUCUCGGUAUGCAGGACUGGUGAUUCAUUCCGUCCAGAUAGAAGUAAUGAUAAGUUAUUGCUCAAAAUCGUAGAAAAAUUAUAUUAUUGCUCCGUGAACCAGUUCUUCGGUUAAAUUCAAUGACGGGAUUGUUGUCAAUGUUAAUACUGUAUUGUUCUUGUUUCCGCCUCGUUCUGUUUUCAUGAGUACUUAAUAAAUUCUGUA